AUGACUUCUUUAUCGAUGUCUGUUGCACUCAAUGGUGGAGAGGGUUGCAGAUUCUUAUCUGGAUCCCACUUUUUUACAAAAAUUGAUUUCAACGUUUCUGACCUAUCAAAUAGUUUGUGUAAAGCAUUUUAUGGAGUUCGGUUGAAUCAUCUUGAAAGAUAUCGGGUCCGAAGAAGAUGCCGGUUUUGUGUGUUUUCAAGAAUUAGAAAGGGACAGAAGCACGAAUAUCCUUGGCCAGGGGAUAUUGACCCAAACCUCAGAAGUGGACAUUUGAAUUACUUAUCUCAUUUCAAGCCUCUUGCUGAGAAGCCUAAACCAGUUACUCUGGAUUUUGAGAAGCCACUCGUUGAUUUAGAGAAAAAGAUAAUCGAUGUAAGUUCUCCUCGAAUGGUAUUCUUUGCAAUAUUUUCAAAUUACAUCUCAUCCUCACUCAGAAUCAACUUUAAUUUAUUUUUGGCUCUACUUUUUAUUCAUGCAACAGAAACAUAAAAAACUUCAGAAAUCCAAAGAUUAGACUUACACAGAAAAACUGAACUUUACUCUGCAACUUCAUUCACGAAUCAUGAUGGACACUCUCUACCCUACUCCCUGAUUAGAGCGCACUUCAAGGGACAAUUGUUGGUUAGAGAAAAUAGUGAUUUUUUUUUGAAAAAUAUGCAUUCCCUGUGAUGGGUGUCUGUGUCAAAAGGAAAAGACUCGAAACCGGAUUGAAAUGAUUCAGUUGACUACUUAUUUUUGGAUUUACCUGUUGUCACCCAAUCCUUGGUGAAGUUAUAUGAUAAACUUGCUAUUUUGACGGUAGUCUGCUCAUGGGUUUUUACCAAAACCGGCCAGAAACCAAAAUAAAUGUCAAAUUAUUCAUGCACAAUCAGUUUUGUGCUCCUCUUUCCAUAGAUAAGGGGAAUCAGGCCAGUGACUUGCUGAAAUUUUGUAUGAGCAAUAUUUAUGAUGAAUGCAUACGAUGACAAGAUUUUUGUACACUUGGGCUGUUGCUUUAGACUUUCUUUAGCUGUGUUUGAAAAAAGAAACUCUUCGGUCAUAUAAUCUAAACAAAUAUGAAUUCAAAUUAGGGCGAGUUAUUCGAAGGAGGGCACUUGUAAUUUUACGGAAUGCAUUUAUGGAUGAGAGUGAAUAGAGAUUUUAGUAAUAUUUUUAAUCUCACACCAAAAUGAUGUCAAAUUGUUAUUUAUGCCAUUUCUUGCGUCAAGACAACAUCCAAAAGUUGAGGAACUUGGAAUCAGUGACAGUAAUAAUACCAUUGAUUAUUUCAGCUGUCAAAAACCAACUCUCGAUCUCCAGGCAAGUCUCUAUGCACAGCCAACUAGGUAAGGUCCAAUUUUUUUUCUGUCCUUCAAAAUGGAAAUGUGAGUGUAAAAGGAAAUAUAAAGAGAAUGAUUCUUUAAAGUUUGUCUUUAUUGCUUACCACAUGAUCAGUUUUGUGGUUUAGGUUGAAGGAUCCAACAUCAGGUAGGACCAAUUCCGUUCUGUAGCUGGAUUGAGCUAACAAGCGUUUGGAGAUUAUUGAAAACCAAUCUAACAACUAUGCCCAUUCUCACCUGAUUCUGGCUGAUUCAGCUACCCUGCCAAUUUUUUCGGAUCACCUGCUACUUAUUCUCUUCCAAAUUGGCUGCUCUUGCAAACCAUUGUGUAAACAUCAUCCACAAAGGUGGCUUCUAGAUUAAUCGAGUGGAAUGGAUCUUGAUAUUGGUGGAUACAUCCACUCGGCUUUUUGUCCGAAAUGGUAUCGUAUGUCUGCUCACAACUUUUAUGGAAGUGCUGUGGUGGGAUCUCUACUGCUUGGGAUUGUUCUCUUGAUAAAUAUUAAAGAGACAUUGGCCGUUUAAUAUACACGUUUCUUAUUGGGAUGAUUAUUUAUAUGGCAUAUCUGUGGGAUUGCAUCAUUUGUCCCGACUUUCAUCUCCUUCCUCAAAUAUUAGUAUGCUCGUACAUCUAUACUCCAGCCUUCAUAUAUGUCCCUUAGCAAGUCUAUUUCUUGUGUGUCAUUUUCAUUUGUUUUCCAGGUAAGGAAAAUGGCUGAUGAAACUGGUCUGGAUUUCAGUGAUCAAAUUAACUCCUUGGAAAACAAGUACCAGCAGGUUAGCGCUGAAUGCUUUAAUCUCGUAGUUCUCUUCAUAUUGAUUCGUAAUUUUACUUUUUGUGAUGAAUGAAUUGCUGUAUUUUUUAAAUGAUCACCAAGUUUUUUUUGCGAUUAUAAGUCACAAUGAGGGGAAAAAAUCCUGACAACAAGAUUAUCCUUUUCCGUUAGCAUUCUGGCAAACUUUGGAAGAAUCGUACAUUACUAUUAUUAACGAUCAGAUACGAUGUAUUUUCCAAUCUUCUGAUGUGCAGAAUUUAUGGUAGCUUAUGUAAGAUUCCGGAUGAUUUAAUAUAUUACCAUACAUAAAUCUGCUUGACUGUAUGAAAAAUGACUUUAAACUGCUGGUGGUAUUUUAGAUUUGAGAAGUCGACUAUAUCGACUUUAUGUAUCAUCCAACAUUGGACUCCUUUUGCAACAUAUCGCUGUGCCACUAUCUGAUACCAUCUGCCUCACCAAUAUUACGGUGGCUUUGAUUCUGUAGACAGAUAAUUUAUGCAUCCAUUUUAUCAAAGCCCAUGCAGUCAUUUGGAAUAGUUUGCCAGCUCCAGACCCGAGGAUCACAUUUCUCUGUUGUACUACUACUUACAACACUUCCUUAAUAUUCUUAAUGUUUGUGCAGAUAUUUGGCUUACGGUCCACCAUGUCAGUUGGCAUAAUUUUGUUCGUCUGAUGAAAUAUACUCGUAUGAUCAUCGUGGAAACAUUUAUUUCUGUUCCCAAAUUCUGUAACAUGGUUUGCUAAUAAUUGCUCCGUUUGGUUUCAUAUUGUCAAUAUGUUCAGGCUUUAAAAGAUUUGUAUACACAUUUGACUCCAAUCCAACGCUUGAGCAUUGCUCGCCAUCCAAACCGACCAACAUUCCUUGACCAUAUCCUCAAUAUUACGGACAAGGUAUUCCGUUAAUUGCUUUGUUAGGUCAUUUUCCUUCUGCUAUUUGCUCUCCUACAUAAACAAAUAUCUUGCUGGUUCUCUAUAUUUUUUAAGUGGGUGGAGCUUCAUGGAGAUCGUUCAGGCUAUGAUGAUCCGGCUAUUGUUACUGGCAUUGGAAGCAUGGGUGGCAAAAGAUACAUGUUCAUGGGUCAUCAGAAAGGUCGUAACACAAAAGAAAACAUACAACGCAACUUUGGAAUGCCAACUCCACAUGGGUAAUGUUCCUUGUCCUUUGGUCCCUGUCAUCCUAUCUUGAUCGCAUUUUGGUUCAAUGCUAUUUACUCUCAAGAUAAUGAGACAAUAACUUUGACAACAAUAUUUGAAAAAUUUAUUGUUAAGGGUGAUUCGGCAUUAUUCUCUUGUUUCUGUCUUGGAUAUGGCAAUCUCACUUUCUGUUGGAGCUCGCCCUUGUUUUUUUUACAUCUAGAGCUUUGUUAACUUAGAAACAUUUUCCACAAUGAUGUUAGUAUAUUUUCGAAGGAUCUUUGGGCUCAAGACAUUAAAAUAUUGAGGAUAUCUUUAUUCCCAUUUCAUAGUUUGUUUUAACAAAUUUGAAAAAUUAGCUUCAUUGAGCUUCAUCUUUCAAACAGCUAUCGCAAGGCAUUGCGUAUGAUGAAGUAUGCAGAUCAUCACGGAUUUCCUAUCGUCACGUUUAUAGACACUCCAGGGGCAUUCGCUGAUCUGAAAUCUGAAGAACUUGGCCAGGUGGGUAGAAAGAUAUGCUUCCUGUUCUGUUGCUUGGAGGAGUAUUUAAUAUUCAUAGAAGUUUGUGGUUGGUUUCCUUCUUCCAGGGAGAAGCAAUUGCCCAAAAUUUGAGAACUAUGUUCGGUCUAAAAGUUCCAAUUAUCACUGUCGUUAUUGGUGAAGGUGGAUCUGGUGGUGCGCUUGCUAUUGGUUGUUCAAACAAAUUGUUCAUGCUGGAGAACUCUGUUUUUUAUGUGGCAAGGUUAUUCGGAUGUCUUUACCUGUUUUUGUACUACAAUUUGUGGCCAUGUAGUGCGUAAAACCUUGAGAUUUCACCCUACUUAUGAUUUAUUCUCUCUGUCAUCUGUAUUAAAACUUAAAACCUGUAGUUAUCUCCAGAUUAAACUCUAUCUUUUCUUUCAACUUUUUAAAUCUGAUAACACAGGAUAUGAAACCCUUAUGUUUUCCUCCUGAUCAUGACUUUUGUUUUCUUCAAUUUGUGUUUUUCUACGUCGGGCAGUCCAGAAGCAUGUGCAGCAAUCUUGUGGAAGUCUUCCAAAGCAGCUCCAAAGGUGAUUCUUUUUACAGUGAUUGAUUCUCCCUGAAAGAAGCACGAGAUUCACACUUCUUUAUCUUAUCUUUAGGCUGCUGAGAAGCUAAAGAUCACAUCCACAGAAUUGUGCAAACUCAAAAUAGCUGAUGAAGUCAUCCCAGUAAGUUAUUUCUCUCAUCUGCGUAUCCUCCCCAAUUCUGAUGACAUUGAAGUUCAUAUUUGCAGGGAUUCAUAUGCUCAUUUUUUAUAAACUAAGUUUCUGUUCAGGCGCUCUGUCAGGAUACUUGCUCAUGUCUCUAGCAAGCCUCACCGUCGUUUUUUAAUCAGAGUUUUACGAGUUGUAUAUUCAUUUUUAAGGGGUCCAGAAGCAAAAUGCUAAUAAUGAAGUUGAAUCAUACCCGUUGACUUUCUGAAUCAUGCUUCCUCUUAUGUUUUGCUCACAAAGGGCUUGGUUAAUUAAAUUUUGACUUCAUUGUACUAUCUACAGCCCAAAUAUUCCUUCUGGACGGCUUUCCUUAAUUAAAAAAAGCAGGCAUAUUUGUAACAGAACCUCUUACCCAUUGCUAAGACUGUGUCUCCGGUCUUAUAUUUUGGGAUUUAUGAUCAGUUGUUGGACUUACCAGCCUCCUGUGAUUCUUGGCCAUCAGGAACCUCUGGGUGGGGCGCAUACGGACCCAGCUUGGACAUCCCAACAGAUAAAGCUCGCUGUGAUAAAAGCCGUGGAGGUUUUUCUCCUUCUCUUGCUUUUUGGACGUCACAUCUUCAAAUUAUUCAAUUUUUUUCUCAACACCAAAUGGCACGAUAGUUGCAUAUUUUUUUUUCUCAAUCCUGAUAAGCACAUGAAAGGAACGGGCUGUGAAGAGGGCUUUCAAAGUCAACCUUAGAGAAAAAAUCAUUCCAAUUCAUCGAGGUUUAUAUUUUUAAGAUAUUUUUUUUAAAAAAUAGGACCUGAGAUCAGAAUGAUGGCCACCCGCAUUGUUUCUUCGUAGGUUGCAUGUUUUCGAUACGACUUUUUAAGAUAACUUGUGCUUUUCUUCAAUCAACUUUAAAAGAUUCCGCAGGCGUUGACUGAUCCAGGAUCCCUGCAGGAGCUGUCGGGUCUGGACACAGAGGGCUUGCUGAGCCACCGCCACCACAAGUUCCGGCAGCUUGGCGGGUUUAUUGAAGCGGACACGGUGGAACCGGAGAGGAAGCGCAGCAUGAAGAAGAAGGAAGCCGGCAUUGUUCAGACAACGGCUGAGUUAGAGGCGGAGAUCGAGAACCUGAAGAAAAAAGCACGAGAAUCAAAGGGCAGCAAGCCUCCGGGACCCACGAUUUCCGACGAGGUGAUGGAAAACCUGAGACGAGAAGUAGACAAGGAGAUGACCGAGGCCUUCAUAUCGAUGGGUCUCCAGGAGAAGCUGGAAGCCAUUAAAAUGGAGCUUUCCAAGUCCUCGACGGCGUCUGAGAGCGCCCUCAGCCCCAAUGUGAAGGAGAGGGCCGACAAGCUGGCCCAAGAGUUCAAUCUAGCUCUCUCUCGCCCCGGCUCCUACCUGGGCCUGAAACAGAAGCUCGAGACUCUGACAGAAGCCAGCCGGCUCCUUGAGCAGCAGGCAAAGGGGGAGAGCCUGAAGAGAGAGAUAAACGCGAGGCUCCAAGAGCAGAUGAAGGGGAGGAUGGAGAUCUUGAGGAUGGCCCGCGAGAAGGUGACCAGAGGGGAGCAGCUGGACGAGAGCUUGACGGAGGAGGUGGAGACGGCCAAGGAAGAGCUCAAGGAGAUGCUCAAGUCCGCAAAACUGGAGGUGAUCGCCCUGGGGAAGAAGAAGCUGCCAUCGGCGCCGCCAGACCUGGAGGAGAGGAUCGCACAGGCGGACUUGCUGAUAGGCGAGGAGAUUCAGAGGGCCGUCGAAGCGGGUGGCCUCAGGGAGAAGAUAAACGAGCUGAAGGAGGAGAUGAAGAGCGCCAACAGGGAGAGGGCGCUGGAGCUGGAGAAGGAGAUCAGAGAGAGAAUAGUUGCCGUCAUCGACUCGGAAGAGCUGAAGAAGAAGCUCGAGUCCCUGACCGUCGACCCACAGCUGCACGCUUCUCCUCUCGUCGACAACGGUAGGGGGUGA